AAACCAAGAAAUGUAAGCCAAAAUCCAUUCUCAUAUAAACAUCAAAAUUUAGGGCUACAUUCAUGGAAUGAUUGAGGCUUCAAUUAUGUAUGAGGUCCCACCAUACCCUCUCUCAAGUCUCCUUCUACAAGACCAUUUUUCUCCCUCUUUCACAUUUCUCUCCACUUCUCCUUAAAAACAUUUGCAAACUGUACUCGGAGAUAAAAAGGUUUGUACAUCCAUGGAGAAGAGUGAGAUAGAGACUCGCGACUUCAUGAACGUCGAAUCAUUCUCCCAGCUACCCUUUAUUCGUCCGGCUCCAGUCAAGGAAAAGGCCAUCAAGCUCUUUGGUAAAGAAUUUGUAGGUGACUCAACAGCUAAUAAUGAAUCCGAGCCUAGUGAAAAUCUAUCUCGAGAAGAGACUAAAAACGUCGAUAAUGGAGACAGCGGUAGAAAAUUCGAAUGCCACUAUUGUAACAGAAACUUUCCCACCUCUCAAGCUCUAGGAGGCCACCAGAAUGCACACAAGAGGGAGCGCCAAAAUGCUAAACGUGCUCAUCUUCAGUCUGCACUGAUACAUGGUGGCCUAUCUGAUCCUCACGUUUAUGGUGUCAUGGAUUAUUGCCUCGGCUCAGCUCCACCUGCAACCAUGCCUUAUCAUCAUUCAUGGAGCAAUAGAAGCAAUUAUUCCUGCACUAGUGACUCAAGAUUAUACGGUACUCACCAUGGAUCCAACACACAACCACCUGUCAGUGGGAGUCCCUUGGCCGCGUGGAGAGUCCCAUCCCUUCAAAGCUCUCCUAAUUUUAUGCAUCAGCUCCCAUCGUUCUAUGAUGGUCGCUUGCAGCUAUCAUCAAAUAAUAACCCUAAUUCUCGAAACCGGUUGGGAUAUGAGCCGAAGCCAAGCAUGCAAGAUGGUCACGUGAGUUUGGAUUUACAUCUCUGAUAAUCUUUUCAACAGUAUUGUUCCUGUAAUAGGGUAUUUUUCUUGUUCUUGAUAACAUCUUGAUAGUGUCACUGAUUGCAACUAUAUGUGAAUGACUUAUAAGUUGGCUUGCAAUUAGCCUAUCUAUUAUUUUGACUCAGGUCAUUUAAUUUUAAUAUCAUGCAACUUCUCACUUCUUAUUUAUCA